AUGGCCAAUAACGCAUCCUCAUCAAUUUCGCCAUCGAAUUACACUGAGAGUGCCACUAAACAAACUGAGGCCCUGAAAUCCUUGUUCGAUCCUCACAGUAUUGACCCACAUUUGCUGCAGAAAAUAGAGUAUGAUGCACUGGUUUGGAGUUCUCUUCAUGGGCUGCUUGUUGGAGACAGAGCUUCGGAGAAAUCAGGAAGGAUACCUGGUGUCGGCCUAAUUCAUGCACCAAUAUCCUUGCUGCCUACACCAUUUCCUGAAAGUCACUGGAAACAAGCUUGCGAAGUAGCUCCCAUAUUCAACGAAUUGGUUGAUCGUGUGAGCUUGGAUUCAGAAUUCCUGCAGGAAUCCCUCUCGAGAACCAAAAAGGUUGAUGCUUUUACAGCUAGACUCCUAGAUAUUCAUGCCAAGAUUCUAGAUAUGGGCAAGAAAGAGGAAAUACGCCUAGGACUACAUCGAUCAGACUAUAUGCUGGAUGAACAAACUAAUUCACUUCUUCAAAUAGAGCUCAAUACAAUUUCUUCUUCAUUUCCUGGACUGAGUUGCCUUGUUAGUGAGCUUCACAGGAGCUUGCUUCAUCAAUACAAACAGCACCUUGCUUUAGAUCCACUGCAGAUUCCCCAAAAUAAUGCUGUUGGUUUGUUUGCUGAAACACUGUACAGAGCAUGGGCCGAAUACAAUAACCCGAGGGCUGUGGUGGUGAUUGUUGUUCAAACUGAAGAACGAAACAUGUACGACCAACAUUGGAUUUCUACACUAAAUUUUACAUAUGAAGUUAGAAGCAUAAGGAGGACUUUGGGAGAGAUUGAUGCACAAGGGGAGAUUUUACCUGACGGAUCACUUAUUGUGGAUGGUGAAGCUGUCGCUGUGGUGUACUUCCGAGCUGGAUAUGCACCAACAGAUUAUCCCUCGGAAUCAGAAUGGAGUGCUAGGCUAUUGAUUGAGCAGUCGUGUGCAGUCAAAUGCCCCUCAAUUUCCUAUCAUUUAGCUGGCACCAAGAAGAUUCAACAAGAGCUAGCAAAACCCAAUCAACUUGAAAGAUUCCUCGAAAACAAAGAUGAUAUUGCUAAGGUGCGUAAAUGCUUUGCUGGGUUAUGGAGUUUGGAUGACUCAAGCAUUAUCAAGGAUGCAAUCGAGAAUCCUGGAUUGUAUGUCAUGAAGCCUCAAAGAGAGGGAGGAGGUAACAAUAUCUAUGGUGAAGAUGUGAGGCUCUCGUUGCAAAGAAUGGAGAAGGAAGGUAUGGAAGAAAAUGCAGCAGCUUACAUUCUCAUGCAGAGAAUUUUUCCGGUAAUUUCACGUGCAGUUCUAAUGCGGGAUGGGAUUUCUCACAAAGAACAUGUUAUAUCAGAACUUGGGAUAUACGGCACCUACUUGAGGAACAAGACAGAUGUGAUCGUGAACGACAAUUCGGGUUAUUUGAUGCGGACAAAGGUCUCUUCUUCAAAUGAAGGCGGGGUCGCAGCCGGGUUUGCUGUUUUAGACAGCGUGUAUUUAGUUUAA